GCCAACGGCCCCACCACCACACCCCUUUAACAUUCUCCGCUUCCUUCCCUUGCCUCGCCGCUUCGUUCUCCUCUCGCCGAAUCAAUUCACCAAAUCGAAGAGAAAAAACCGCAAACCAGCAACCGAUUGCUUCGUUCUCCUCUCGCCGAAUCAAUUCACCAAAUCGAAGAGAAAAAACCGCAAACCAGCAACCGAUUGCUUGGACUAAGCGCAUCAUUAUUUUCUUUUUUUUUUCUCUCAGAGAGAGAAGUAGUAGUAAUAAACGUAACCUUUUCCUCCUAUUUUAUUUCACCUAAUCCCAAUCUCCUCCCCCCUUCCUUCCUCGGCCAGAGAAAAAAAAAAGAGAAAAAAGAGGAGAGGCCUCGCAACUGCAAACCCUCGCUUUCUCCGAUCGAAUUGCUCGCCCGAGCACCACCAGUUCGCCGCCCUUCCCACCACCAGUCGCCUCCCUCCCCCGCGCAGGGUAUCUCCUCCGGCCGCCCCAGUGGCGAUUCCCCCCGAGCUCCCCCGCGCGGCGCCGUGGCCAUGUCGCUCACCUGAGGAUACGGUCGGUGGGCUGUUUCUUGCAAGAGUCUCUCCCCCGAGCCCCCCAAGAGAAACAGCCCGGGGGACGCCGAGUUGUUGAUUCGAUCGCCGGAGUUGCGCCGAGGUGAACCUGUUUUUUGUUUUUGGUGGUGGUUCCGUCUCGGUUAAUCUGCUUUAACUUGGAGGCAAAGGCUCGGUCUUCGUCUGAGGAACGCGGGGGAGCGGUGGUAGCGUCGCGUGCACGGGUCCUCCUCGAGGUCGGCUUGAUGCGGAGCGGCGCGCAGGCUCCUCGAGGCGGCGGAGGCGGCGGGGCCUUCUCGAAGCGGACGCUGUCCGGCUACAUGAGGAUCAUGUCGUCGGGGGCGUCCACGGCCGCGUCCAGCCUGCUGUCGGUGGGCGCGUCGCUGGUGAACUCGAUCGCCAGCCACGACGAGGAUGGGAGCCGUGACCAGGUACAAUGGGCUGGAUUUGAUAAACUUGAAUGUGGGGGUGACAUGCUGCGACAGGUUUUACUUCUAGCUUACAGAUCUGGUUUCCAAGUAUGGGAUGUUGAACAUGCUAAUGAUGUAAGACAGCUAGAAUCCAGACAUGAUGGUACAGUUUCUUUCAUGCAACUCCUAAAGAAACCAAUUGCCUCUACAAACAGUGAAGACAAAUUUGCAGAUGAACGGCCACUGUUAGCUCUUGCUUGUGACGGAACUAGCACAGGAAGUCUAAUCAGCAAUGAUGGCAAUGGCCCUGUUCCCAAUGGAGCCAAUGGUACUCUCCAUAAUAUUGGCCAUGAGAAUCAUCCUACUGUACUUCGGUUUUAUUCAUUAAGGGUCCAUGAUUACGUGCAUACAAUAAAGUUCAGAUCAACUGUUUAUUCCAUACGGUGCAGUUCUAGAGUUGUAGCUGUAUCUCAGGCUAAUCAGAUACAUUGUUUUGAUGCUGCAACACUGGAGAGAGAAUACACAAUCCUUACCAGUCAUAUAGUUCCACCAAUUUCAAGUUAUGGACCACUUGCACUGGGUCCUAGAUGGAUUGCAUAUUCUGGGAAUCCAGUCCCAGUUCCGGAUACAGGCCGUGUUACCCCUCAGCUUCUUAAUCUAUCUCCCCUAGUUCCACAACCUGGUUCAAAUGGCAGUGUUGUGGCAUACUAUGCAAAAGAAUCAAGCAAGCAACUGGCUUCUGGCAUUAUAACACUUGGUGAUGUUGGAUAUAAGAAGUUGUCCAAGUAUUGUUCAGACUUAAUUCCAAGUAGUAACAAUGUUAUAAACCAAAGGAAUUCUGGCUUCAAAGCAAAUGGGGCAACAAUAAACGGGCAUACAGACAGCGAAUAUGCUGGAAUGGUUAUUGUUCGAGAUAUUGUCUCUAAAUCAAUGGUGGUUCAGUUCAGGGCACAUACUAGCCCCAUUUCAGCACUCUGUUUUGAUCCCAGUGGAACUUUGUUGGUGACAGCUUCAAUUCACGGUCGAAAUAUCAAUGUUUUCCGCAUUCUGCCUUCUUCGCAUGGGAGUUCAUCAGAAGCUGGUCCAAAUGGAACCUGUGUUCAUCUGUACAAAUUGCAAAGAGGCAUCACCAAUGCGGUCAUAAAAGAUAUCAGUUUUAGUGACGACAGUGAAUGGAUAAUGAUUAGCUCUUCAAGGGGAACUAGUCAUUUCUUUGCAAUAUCUCCAUAUUGUGGAUCAACAAGCUUUCACUACAACGAAAACAAUCUUGCAGAAAAUAGUUAUGCGGUGGAUUCAUCAGUUAAUCAUACUGCCCAUUGGUCCCAAAACUCAGCUCCCUCUCUGAGUCUCAAUCAGAAGAUACUCUCUGUUACGGGCCCCCCUGUAACAUUGUCUGUUGUUAGUAGAAUAAGAAAUGGAGGCAACCUGUUGAAGGGCGCUGUUCAUGGUGCUGCAGCAUUUGCAACAGGUGUUUCCAGUCCAAUUUCUGGUGCUAUUGCUUCAACAUUUCACAAUUGCAAGGGUGCCGUCAAAAACUCAGAUGGAAGUUCGCCUUGCAUGAAGUAUCAUUUACUAGUAUUUUCUCCAUCUGGAAGCAUCAUUCAGUAUGUUCUCCAUCGCUCUGCAGAGCAGGAUCCUGGAAUUGAUUUUCCCUCGAGUGCCAUUCCUUAUGGAUCACAAAGAGAAACUGACACUAGGUUUAUUAUUGAGGCUCUUCAAAAGUGGGAUGUUUGUCAUAAAAGAAAUCGAAGAGACGCUGCUGAGAGUUUUGUAUAUAGUGAUUUUGACAUCGGAGAAAACAGUAAACUUUUUCAGAAAGUGGCAAAGAAAGGAACUAGUGUUUAUCCAUCCAAUGGCACUGCUGUUGAAAAGCAGAAGCUAGGUGAUGAGAAUCAUAAUUUUUAUAUUUCUGAGAGUGAAUUGCAGACUCAUGUUGUUCCAACACCACUCUGGUCAAGAUCUGGGAUGCAUUUUCAAGUAAUGGGGGAUGGAGCUCUAGAAGCAGACAAUACUGGUAUAAUUUCAGGUGAACUUGAAAUAGAAAAGCUCCAGACUCGCAAUAUUGAAUCUAGGUCAAAGAAUCUUAUACCAGUAUUUGAAUCUCUUCAUACAUCCAGGUUUCAACAGUCAAGGUAUGCUAUGCACUUUUAUUUGGCGAUUGAUACAUUAGGCAUUAACUCAAUAAUGGUGAGCACACCUGAUAGUAACAAAUAUGGAUUGCUUCAGCGUCAAAAGUCCGGAUUUUCAGAGGACGGUAGACUCUCCUGCAGAAGCAGUUCUAGCUCUUUGGACUGCAUGUCUGAAGGCCCAAUUAGCACUGAUGAUAAUGGUUUUGGUCAAUGUUUAGUAGAAGAUAGUGGUGGUGCUGUAAAUAAGAACCCAAAUGUUAACCCCCGUUCCGAGCUUGUAAAUAAUACUCAGAGCCUUAACACAGAGGCCCAGCUCGGAUUUGUAAAUAACAAAGAGGAUUGUGAAGACAGAGAGCAACUCCCAGAUUUGUGAUAGCAACUGUGAUCAAAGACGAUCACUGGUGAUGGAGGAGCUUCUUGAAUCGCAAGUCUUCAUUGUGCGUGUGUAGCUGCUAUUCUUUCAUUUCUCCUCCUGGAGUUCUUGACCUCUCUUCUAUAGCUCUAUUUAUAAGCAUUCAUGAUAAAUUUACUGAUAAAAAAAUGAAGGGGAGGUCGAAUUAAGGCCCAAUGGGUAUGGGAGCGGUGGUGCUGUGAAGUUGGGUUUCCAUCUUACAAAAGAACGUGCACAUAACAAGAUUGUUCAUUGCAUUUUCAAUAAUAGCUCUUAAUUUGUGAAUAUUUGAAUGCAUGUGUGUCCAUACUAAUUUCGCCUUUGUACGUUGCAACUGGACCAGUAGCACAUGUUUUACCCAUCUUUUAUCUUGUCAAUACCGGCAAAGGCAAACAAGUAAAGGUCAUUUAUCCAAAAACUUCCAUUUCUGAUGGCGAUUAGAUCGAAGACUAUACGUUGCCUUGGAUACAGUACUUGUAAGAUGUAUGCGUUGAGGGUAUGCGUUGCCUUGUAUACAGUACAAACUUUGUGUGCAUGAUUUUGUGAUAAUUGUUA